GGUGUUUGUAUUCAUUCACGCGGUUACUGUCAGCUGUUCCAAUGUAACUGCUGAGCCGGACUGCAGGCCAAACCUUGAUUUUUGCAAACACGAUCGCGUGCCUCUACAUCCACCAUGAUAACUCCAGAGAGCAGUGAAACCAGCGUGCCAGAUGGUAGAGCUAAAUCCAUGCCAUCUACUGUGCCGCUGCUACCGGUGGUCAGCUGUAUUCAGAGGAUGGCACUCUAUGAAACCGCAUCGUGGUAUUACCUGGUAGGAUCUAACAACACGCAGACGAAAUUCCGAGUGCUCAAGAUUGACAGAUCGGAUCCUUACGAAUUGACUGUCAUUGACGAUAAGGUUGAGUACAACCGUGAUGAUAUCGGGGACUUCCUUGCUAUGAUUGGCAAGAAAGACAAACAAAUGAGGACAGGACAGAAGCCAGGCGUUGGACUCAAUCGAGCAUUAUCCGGUUUCGGUAUUGUUGGUUUUGUGAGUUUCCGUCAGGGAUACUACCUGAUCCUGAUCACCAAGAGGAGACGGAUUGCCAUAAUUGGGCACCACACAAUUUACAAGGUUGAGGACACCAACAUGGUUUACUUGCCAAACACUCCCGACAGCAGCUUGCAUCCUGAGGAGAGCAGAUAUGUAAAGACAUUCCAAAAUGUUGACCUUUCCAGCAAUUUUUACUUUAGUUAUAGCUAUGAUUUAACCCACACAUUACAAUACAACGUUACGCCUCUACGCUGUUUUACUGCUGCUGAGAAAAUGACAGCCAGCAAUUGCAACGUCAAGUUCUCCGAGGAGGAAUCCGAAAUUGAAGAACUCGACGCGUGGGACAUUCUACCUGUUGAUAAUUCUGUACGACCACCGUACAAGAUGCCUGGCAAGAGGCUGUCACACAUUGGCGGAGACAACGUAACGGAGGACAGAGCUAAAAUUCUAGUUGGCAACGUGCCCGGAGGUGAAUGUUUUGCAGGCCGCACGAAGCCGAACUGGAGGUACGUCUGGAACUCUUAUCUGUUGGAGCCAGUGGAACUCCACAGUGACUGGCUGCUGUACAUAACACAUGGGUUCGUUGGGCAAACGAAUAUCAGUGUGUACGGUCAUCCCAUCUACCUCACUCUCAUAGCACGGCGCUCGCAGAAGUUUUCUGGGACGCGAUUUCUGAAACGUGGAGCAAACUGCGAAGGUGACGUUGCAAAUGAAGUCGAAAAUGAGCAGAUCGUUCACGAUUCUUCCGUGUCUUCGUUCACGCGAGGAAAUUUCACGUCGUUUGUGCAAGUUCGGGGCUCUAUUCCCUUCAGCUGGUCACAGGACAUGUCCAAGAUGGUUCCAAAGCCUGCUAUUAAUCUGGAUCUGUUGGACCCAUACUGCUAUGCCGCAGGGCGCCAUUUCAACCUUUUGCUGCGCCAAUACGGUGCCCCUGUCAUUGCUCUGAACUUAGUGAAGAAGCGUGAGAAGCGACCCCAUGAGUGUCUGCUUAGCGAGCAGUUCAUUGCCAUCAUUGACUAUCUCAACCAGUUCCUACCUCGAGCACAUCACAUCGAGCACAUUGCUUUUGACAUGGCGCGCAACAACAAAAUGAAAAAAUCAAACGUGAUGGAUAAGCUGUCGGACAUCUCCUACUACAUCCUUCACAAGACGGGCAUAUUCCACACGAGAGGAAGGCAGUGCCCUCCUCCCCCUCAUUACUCCCUCGGUGGAAAGAUGACCCUCCAGGGAGCACGGCUGCAGACUGGCGUUGCGAGGGUCAACUGCGUCGAUUGCCUUGACCGCACGAAUACUGCUCAGUUUGCACUGGGAAAGUGUGCACUGGCCUUUCAGCUGAAUGCAUUGGGUGUCAUACCAAAACCGGACUUGGUCUUUGACACGGACACUGUGAGGAUGUUGGAAGUGCUAUAUGAGGACCAUGGAGACACUCUUGCUCUUCAGUAUGGCGGCUCCCAGUUGGUGCAUCGAGUGAAGACAUACAGAAAGAUUGCACCACUUUCAUCACACUCUAGGGACAUAAUGCAGACGCUUUCACGUUACUACAGCAACACAUUCUCAGAUGCUGACAAGCAGAACGCUAUCAACCUCUUCCUGGGGGUGUACAGACCUUCUCAACAUACAACACCUCUAUGGGACAUGAACACGGACUAUUACUUGCACAAUCCGGUACCAGCCGGAAAGUUACGGUGCCACAGGAACCCGUACACCUGCUGGUAUGAUGAGGAUGUGGUAAUCUCUCUACCUUUUGCUGCUGAAGAAGUCCUGAAGUGCCAAGGCAAAACCCUAAUGGAAGUCAUGAAACUGGAAGUCACCAAUGAAAAAGUAGAUGGAUUUUUAGAGCUGUAUCGACCUUUCGAAAUAUCUGUCCUCAACGAGCUCUUCAUGUUCAGCAUCAGCCACUCUGUGAGAGACAUCAUGCCAAACUCUGCUGUGGACUACAGUCCGUUCUCGGUGCGAAUUAGACCUGGAAAGCACACAGAGAAGGCUGGGAUGAAUAAGCCGACCAAUCCAUCGGUAACUGGGAUUUGGUCCACGACGUCGACGUCGAGCGGAGGCAGUGAUUCUGAGAGCGAUUCGGAUAGCGACGAAGAUCCCAUCUACGCCGUUGAUAGUGAUCAGUCAUCAUCAAAUGAUCUGUCACAAAAGGCUGCUACCUUCGAGUCUCUUUUCCGCACAAUGAAGCAGACUUACGGUGUAGAAAUUCAUAACCCAUCACCUUCUGACCUCACCACUUACAAAAGGUUUGUGACACUGGGAAGGCUGUCAGGAAUGUCGACCAGGAACGAUGCCAGCAGCAUCGCGGCACCCAAGCGUUCAGUCCAUCUGAUUCAUCAGAGUGCCUUUCCCAUAGACUCCGUAUACGAAGUGACCCCUCCGACCGUCACAAGAGUGGCGCGAGACAUCUACCAUAUGUAUGUACAGAGAGGCAAGACUGGUGCAACUGCCCCACUGCAGCAGUGCCUGGUUGCAUACCAGCGUUUCAUUGGCAGCAAAUAUCAAUAGAGGGACUGUAGUCCCUUCUUUUAUGUAAAUAUGUGCACAUAACCACAUUGCUUGCUUCGAGGAGCAGGGAAGCAUCGCUGCAAGGCCUAGCUGUGUCUCGUCGAGAACGCUGGAUGCAUUUCAUAGAUAUAUUUAUUUUUACGCUUUUAUACGGUGACUUCUACAAGCCCUGUAUAGUAUUUAUGCUAUUGAAGGAAUCUAGUCUUAUAGUAAUAUCAGUUCUAUCGAGUCUUGACAAUGGAUGGUGAUUCAUGAAGCAUGGACUUCGUCCAGGUGAAUAAAAUGUGUGUGGUACAAAGUACCACUCUGAAGACAAUAAUUGUCUGAAGACCAUGUUGUGAGAUGUUUAGAAACGUGACGUAGAUUAGUGACUCAAAUUGGGAAACAUCAACCACGUGGUACUGCUUCCAUAAACCUUUAUUCGCAUAUAAUGUGGAACAGUGUACUCAUGGGAGUAGAAAAGUGUAAGCAAUGAAUGGUGACCACUUUUCUUCACUUUGCUGGCUCCUGCUGUGAGAUCGUCAGCAUUAAAAGGACGACACCUUCUCGA